UGCUUUGCAGGGAUGGGAAUGAAGCAAGGCACAAACGCUGCACCUGCACUCAUUCCAGUCGCGCUUCUACUAUACAAUUAAUCCUAGCUGCGCCUAGCCAUACAAACCUGUUUAUAAGCAGACCAUAACUGAUUUCAGAGAGGCAUAUAUACUCAUCAGCUCUUUCCCAGCCUGUUUUCUUAACGUCGAUCAUCAUGAUCUAGGUACUAGAAUCAGACUGAACUUUGUUGAUUAGAGUUGUUGCAACUUCAAUCUAUUCAUCUAUCGACGGGUCAAAGCCGAAACAUGAAUGAACUGAUCCAUUACACACACACGGCUGGAGGCUGGAGCGAAGUCUGGAAAAAGGAAAUCUAGUGCUGAAUCAGUGCUGCUAUGCGUGGAAAUCUAGAGCUGCAAAUUCAAAUGGAGCUGCUGGUCUAGCUUGGAGAGCUAGCUAGUUAACUGAAAAGAGGCGACAGACCAAUUCAUCAUGCCAGCGGAGAGAAUCAGAUUCGAGGCAGGCAACAUCGAUGGUGCGGCAAAGCAGAUAAUACAUUUUUUGGAGGACACAGCCAAUGGAAGAGAUGUAAUAUACUUCCAUGGCUGGAAUGGACGGGGAGCGUCCACUGUACUCAAUGAGGUUGUCGAACAACUAAGGUCAUCAUCGGGGUUUGAGCACACUAGGGCAGCAUGGGGCUUGGAAAAGGUCAUCCACACUGAUUUCUCACCAUGGCAAAGCAAGAGAGCCCUGCAGAAGGCGAUUGCUGCCGAGCUGGAGCUACCCCAAGAGGUGAUGGCCUUUUUCGAUGAGUAUGAUGAGGAGGAUGAUUUUGAUGGGGUAAAGGAGAGUGCUAGAGGUGCGAUUUCCCAUGUAACUAAUGCAAUCAUGAAGGAACUUAGUGACUGUAGAUUCCUUGUGGUUUUGAAUAACUGGAGGGGCAGAUAUAUAGAUCUAUGGGAUGUCGGUGUCCCUGUAAUCAGGCAACUGAGCAAGAGGGUGCUGUGGUCAUCCCGGGGCAGGUUCUGGACUCAUGCCACAGAAGAGCAUGGAGAGGAGAAUGUGGAGAAGUUAGCUGGAUUGAGAGAUGUAGCCAUAUUUGCUGAUCUAUUAUAUUAUAACUCUUAUGAGGCUGUGGUGGAUAGUAUUAGGCACACUUUGUAUGCAGAGGCUGAGGAGGUUGCUAAGUACACAGGUGUCCCAGGACCUGACAUGAGCCCUAAGAUUGUCAUGGAAUGCAUCCUGUAUAUGGCACUUAUAGGCAAUAAUGUCAGAAACAUCAGUUGGGAGCACCAUGCAUCCAACUAUUGGGUAUGUGAUGGGAUCAUAAAGGAUGAAAUUAAUGGUGGUAGAUCAAAAUGGGAGAUUGCUGAUGCUUUGUGUAGGAAUGUGAACUUGGAUUUGUGUGUUUGGUGUGCUGAAACAAUCCGUGAAGUGUUGAUUGCUGAACAACAGAGUUGUAUCAACCGUUGGGUUUCGUUCAUCUACGAAAACUCAAAGGAAGUUCAAGUGCCAUCUCAAGCAACAUCCUUCUUCUGGACAGCAGCGGGACAAUCAAUUAACCACAGCGGAACCAGGACACUAGAAGCUAUCAUGUCUGAACAUUUAGAAAGGAGUAGUAAUCUGCGUGUGAUACAUCUCUCCCACUGCAGCUUCAGUUUUUCAUCUCCUCCCUUCCUGAGCUGCAGUGACCUAAGAUUCCUCCUGCUUGAUCACUGCAAAGAUAAGGAUGAUGCACAAAAAUACCAUGGUGAAGAAAAGGAGUGUCAUCUUCAUAGCCAGUGCCACAGCCAAGACGGUGGAGCAUGCUUCCAGAAUCUUUGGGUGCUAGAUCUGAGUUAUACGGACUGGUACUGUCUACUGUCGAAAGACAUGCUAGAUUUGAUGGCUAACCUCAGGGAGCUGAAUGUGAAAGGAGUUAGUAAUCGGAGCAUGAGCCAUCUACAUCAUUGCAGUGGUGCUGGAAGCAACAGUCGUAGACUGCUCAAACUCCGAGUGGUAGCUGAGCCAAAUAAUGAGGAUGAGAACAACGGCGUUGAUGGUGGCAAAAAUCAAGAGGUAUCUCCAGUGGUAGCAUCAUUCCCAGACCUAUCAAGCUGGCACAUCCUCAAGACAAUCGUCCUUGAUGGUUGUGGUGACCUAGAGCAAGUUGGCUGCAAUGCCCUGCCCCUGUCACUAGAGUCGUUUAGCCUCAUAAGCAAUGUGCCCAGUAAGGUAAAGAAAAUCUCCUUCCAGGGGCACACCAAACUAAAGAUCUUAGUACUGAGAGGAUUGUUUGAUAUCCUUGUGGAGCUGGACAUGUCUGGUACAACAAUCAAAACCCUUGACCUCAGUGAAGUGCAGGCCAAAUCCCUCAGGCGACUCUUUUUGCUAGGAUGUGAGAAGCUCAAUGCAAUACGAUGGCAAUGGAAGGAGGAAGAUGAGAUGAUGUGGCUAGAGGCAUUGUGCAUUGACACCACCACCCAAGCAGCAUCAACAUGGAACAGGGAAGACAAUAAGUCCUACAAGCAAGAGGAGGCUACCAGACGUGAAGACGCAUCAGAAACAAUGCAUGGUAAUGGCAGAGCAGUGACCUCUGGCUCGAAUUACUACUAUGUUUCCCUAAGUGAUCCAAGGCUUUUUCGUUCACUUGUGCACCACAGACAUGACAAGGGGUUACACGUUGAGAUUUCAUCUACUGGUGGUCGCAGAGGUAGUAGCAGUCAAGGAAUCAGUAACGGUGCUUGUAGCAGCAGCGGCGGCAAAAAGCAAGUGAGAGCUGCAAACCUGCACAAAUCAGCAGCUAGUAACUUGUAUGCUGAUGCCAUAGUUUCCAUCUUUAAUAGUAAGAUGUCGCAGGCUGGUGGUGCCGAUAGAGAUGAGGCCUCAGUAAGCAUGUCGAUAUUGCAUUGCCCGCCUGCUCCUAGGUAUCCUCCUGAUUUGGGCCACUGCUACAUUAGCAUUCAAGAUGAGACACAGACCAAACAAGAAACUAGAGGUACAACAUUACCAAGUUUUGUGCAUAAGGACGCUAAGACCCUGCACUUGCAUGACAGCUUGUCUAUCACCAGUCUCCCAGGCCCUGCGCCUGCUGCAGAAAGUUUGGUUUGGAAUAAACUACAAUGGUGCCGGCUCGAGAGAUGCCCCAACAUAGAAGGAGCUGUUUUCACCGCACCUUCUUCAAUAAGGGCGGAUGGGUACGAUACUUACUUCUCAUCGUUGCAGACAUUGUGGGCAUCCCAACUCCUAAUGGCGCGCUACAUCUGGGACUUGAGCACACCAUACCUUGGAGCAUUUUCCUUUGCGCGUCUUAAGUUAUUGCACAUAGAUAGCUGUCCCAGGCUUGCACAUGUACUCCCUUUGUACACAUCAAUCAAGUUUGGAUGCCGUUAUCUGGAAACCCUUGAGAUCGUGUGCUGCGGUGAGCUCAGGGAGAUCUUUGCAUCGUCAUCAGAUAUGGAGCCACACCACCAAGAACCUCGAUCAUUCCCCAGAUUGAAGCGCAUCUACCUGUAUGAUCUACCCAUGCUGCAGCACAUCUGCGGCGGGCACAGCAGGAUGUACGCGCCUAAACUCAAGACUGUGAAGAUCAGGGGAUGCUGGAGCCUCAAGCGCCUGCCAGCCGUUCGGCGUGCUCUUCGCGGAAGCACUCCACCCCUGCCAACGGUGGAGUGUGAGAAAGACUGGUGGGACAGCCUUCAGUGGGACGGGGAAGAGGCCGGCCACCACCCCUCCCACUACAAGCCCACCCAUUCAGCGUACUACAAGAAGGCUCUGCUCAGGACCUCCGUGCUCAGGUAGCAAAUCUCGUAUUUCUUUGCUUGGAUGUGUGGAGAAUAAUGAAGGGUAGCCUGAUGUCUGAUAUAUAGAUAUGCUGCCUAGCCUUUUUUCUGCUCUCAUGUUCCGCUUGGUUAUUUCGUGUGGCAAAUAUAAUGCACGCAGUAGAUGCUCGGCUGCAUGAGCUUGCCUGCUGCGAGUGGGAGUCUGUGAGAGGAGGAAUAAAUUUUAUUCAUAGGGUGAGAGAUCAUCAGCUCCAGCGGAUGUACCUCGGCUCUGACCAUCAUGCACUCUGGUUGCUGGUGCUGCGCACCCGUUCAGUGUGGUGUGCUUUGUGUUUGUGUUUGUGUUUGUGUCUGUGCGAGAUUUGUGAGCUACAGAUUGGCAAAUACUUCCUAAUAAAUAAGUGGUACUCCUGCUUCAUAAUA